AUGAAAUCGGAUCUGCUUCACCGUAGGGUGGUUAAACCGUUUGAUGAAAUGCCCGGACCGAGAGGCCCGCUUGGAUUGGGAAACCUUUUCCAGUACAUUCGAGGCGUAGGACGAUACAGUUUCGAUGCGCUGCACCGAUCCGGUGAGGAUAAGUACCGGCGGUACGGGCCGAUCGUACGCGAAAGGAUGGUCCCCGGGCAGGAUAUCGUUUGGUUGUACGAUCCCAACGAUAUAGCAACCGUGCUGGACGAUCGCACGCCGGGCGUUUAUCCUUCGCGCCGCAGUCACACGGCACUCGAAAAGUAUCGAAAGGAUCGACCAAACGUUUACCGAACUGCUGGUCUGCUACCAACAAACGGUCUCGAAUGGUGGAAAAUACGAUCCGAGCUCCAGAAAGGGCUGAGUGCUCCCCAGAGCGUGCGCAACUUUUUGCCCGCAACCGAUCAGAUUACCAAAGAAUUCGUUGCCCGUAUCCAAACUACCUCGGCGCCCGAAACCGAUGGCCCGUUUGUGGUGGAUGACUUUUUGCCGAUCAUUUCUAGGCUGAAUCUCGAAUUGAUCUGCUUGCUCGCGUUCGACGUGCGACUGCAAAGUUUUUCGGCCGAGCAGAUGGACCCGAAUUCGCUCGCAUCCCGACUGAUGGAGUCCGCCGAAACGACCAAUUCCGCUAUCCUGCCAACCGACCAGGGCUUUCAGCUGUGGCGUUUGUUAGAGACACCGGCCUAUCGGCGGUUGCGCCGGGCACAGCAGUUUAUGGAGAAAACCGCCGUCGAGCUGGUGUCGCAAAAGCUGCUGUACUUCAACGAGGAUCAGCAGCGGUUGGCCAGCGGCGAGUCUAAGUCACUCAUGGAGGAGUAUCUGCGCAAUCCCAAUCUCGAGCUGAACGACAUUAUCGGAAUGGCGGCCGAUCUGCUACUGGCCGGGGUGCACACAACCAGCUACAGCACGGCCUUUGCUCUCUACCAUCUGGCACUUGCUGGGCGACCGGUGCAGGAUCGAUUGUACCGUGAAGCGCGAGCGAUUCUGCCCGAUGCAAGCGACGGUCGUAUCGAGCCUGUCGCACUUGGAUCGGAAGCGUCCUACUGCCGGGCGGUACUAAAGGAAACCUUUCGCCUCAAUCCCAUCUCCAUUGGCGUGGGACGCAUACUGAACCGCGAUCAAGUACUCGGCGGUUAUCACGUUCCGCGCGGAACGGUCGUAGUGACGCAAAAUAUGAUCUCUUGCCGACAAGGGGCAUACUUUCGGGCCCCCGACCAAUUCCUACCGGAGCGCUGGAUGCGCGAAACAAAGGAGCACGUCAGCCCGCAUCUGGUGCUACCGUUUGGCCACGGAAUGCGAUCGUGCAUCGCUCGCCGGUUAGCGGAACAAAGCAUUCUGGUGCUGCUAUUACGGAUUAUACGAUCUUUCGAAAUUGAAUGGGCUGGUAACGUGCCAUUAGACGUGAAGACCAAACUGAUCAACCAACCAGACCAGCCGAUACGGCUACGCUUCACACCGCGACCAACGUGAAGCGAUUUUCUAUCAUCUAUAC